UUUUUAAUUACAUUUUUCUCUGUUACUGUACUGAACCUCUGCCUGUGUGUUCUCAGACCUCAGUCAUCAGCAGUAAACAAACACACAGAAAGACACACAACAGACAACAAAGUGAAACCUGUUUCCGCCUGUGGACAAACACACAAAUGUCUCUCAAUUACAGAGACACACACGCCUCUUUGUGAUGACACCGGUGCCUCGGGUGCAUGUCAAUGUAGACAAACUGACAAAUACAGCCCAUCAGGUGUCCCUGAAUGUGAGCGCUGGUUGUGUCUUCCUGAUGAAGUGUGGCUGUCCAUUCUGUCUCUGCUGCCUCACAGUGACCUGUGCAGAGUGCUGCAGGUCUGCAGCCGCCUGCACACACUGGCCACUGAUCACACACUCUGGAGAAAUCUGAGGAUUGCAAACUCCACCCUGACAGAACGGUGGUUACUUUGUGUGGGCAGACGACAUCCUCACAGUCUGUGUCUGUACAGCUGCAGUGGCCUGUCUCUCACCUCCUGUGGGCUGGAGAUGUUUUUCACUCUGUGUAGAAACUUUCUGGAGGAGCUCAAGGUCACAAGUUGUACUGGUCCUGGUCUCCAUGGUGACCAGAUGCUGCCUCUGAUUGGUCAGCUGUGUCACCGUGUGACCAGUGUGGAUGUGAGCUGGAGCGGAGCCACAGACACAGGAGUGAGAGCUCUGAGUAACUGCUGCCCAGAGCUGAAACUAAAAUCUAUAAUCCUGAAUGGCUGCCACGUCACUGAUGACCCACUGAUGAAACUCGUCAUGAGACACAAAGAAAGUCUGUGCAGACUGGAGGUGUUUGGCUGUCAGUUCCUCACUCCAUCCUGUCUACAGAAAGUAUAUGAGAUGUGUCCUGGCCUCCAGCACCUUAACAUUGGACAGUUGCCAAAAGUCAACGCACACAAUCUCACAGUGAUGACGUCACAACUCAAAUGUCUCAUUUCAUUAAAUCUCACUGGACUACAGGCAGUUACUGAUGCCACAGUGGAUACUUUGCUUCAGAACUGCGUUGAACUUCAGAGUCUAACCUUCAGUUCCUGUCCUGGAGUAACUGAUCUGACACUGCACAGCAUUCACAAAUACACACCUUGUAUCAGGUCUCUAGAUGUGAGCGGCUGUAAAGCAGUAACAGAUGCAGGGGUUCAGUCUCUGGCUCUGGGAUGCAGAAGACUCGAACAGCUGGAUGUCAGCUCCACUAACACAGGAAACAGAGGGGUUUCUCUGCUGGCUAAUUACUGCAGCAGGCACCUUCAUACUGUCAAACUCAGUUUCUGCCAUGUCACCUUAGAGAAUAUACUGAAGCUCUGCAGACGCUGCAGGAGGUUGAAGGUGCUCCAUCUCUACGGCUGUGCCCGUCUGCCCACUGAGCGAGAGAUCAGAGACGUUAACGCUGCUGUUAAAGUUUACCCUCUUCCCUGACUCACACACAUACAUCUGCACACAACUGGACAGAUAAACAGAACAUAUCAAAGAGCAAAACUAAACCAGUAGAUUGUCUAAAAGAGAA